AUGGAAACAAUCAUCGCACUUACAGCUCCACACAUAAUUACCCGGUUCAUCGACUUUCCCAAUACACCCCGUGCUAUCCAACAGAAGCAAACACAAUUCAUGCAAAAAGCCGGCUUUCCAGGAGUCGUCGGUGCAAUUGAUGGCACACACAUAAAGAUCAUUGCUCCCAGCAUCAAUGAGGAUGUAUAUGUCAACAGAAAGAGGUACCACAUCAUCAACACUCAAGUUGUUUUUGAUGCAGAAUACAUUUUGGAUGUUGUACCCAAAUGGCCUGGAUCUACUCAUGAUGCACGAAUUUUAAAUGAAAGCGGCCUGAAGCAGCUGUUUGAAAGAGGGUUUGUACCGCCGGGGUGUCAUCUUCUAGGAGAUAAAGGAUACCCUUUACGCCGGUGGCUGCUCACCCCUUUCCAUACACCGGUGACAGAAGUCCAAGUCAACUACAACAGAGCACACCGCAUUACGAGAAGUGUGGUAGAGAGAGGGAUUGGCCAGUGGAAGCACAGAUUCCACAGCCUACAUUCAGAAAUUCGGUACUCCCCUGAAAGACUAUGCCGAAUUAUAAUGGCAUGUGCAACUCUACAUAAUAUACACUCCUGA